AUGUCCUACAACAACGAAUACGGCCGCAGCAACGAGUACAACUCCAACUCCGGCGCCGGCGCCAGCGCCAACUACUACGACCAAAACGCCGACUUCCGCGACACACGCUACAACGGACCGCCCUCCUACAACAACGAGUCCCAACACGACGACUUCAGCAGCGCAGCCCACCACGCCACCCAAGAACACAGCAGCGAAGACCGCUCAUUCUUCGACAGCGCGCUAUCCUUCAUCAAAGAGCGCAAGAGCGAGUACGCCGAUACCUCCAAGUACGAGGUUGACGAGGCGCACGCCAUGAACGCGCACCAGGCUAUGUACGGCGGCGGAAGCGAUGAGCGAAGCCACGAUUCUGGUACCGUUGGUGCGGGCGCGGCGAUGCAGGCGCUGAAGAUGUUUACCGGUGGUGGUGGGUCGUCGGACGGGGGUAUGGAUAAGAACAAGUUGAUGGGUCUUGCUAUGGCGCAGGCUAGUAAGCUCUGGGAUGAGAAGAAUUCUACCGGGAAUGUGUCUGGUGACAAGCAGUCUGCCGUUAACUCUGCUGCCGAGAUGGCGCUGAAGAUGUACAUGAAGGGUGGCAAUGGUGGUAUUAGCGGAACAGGUGGUGCUAGCGGCUUGAUGAGCCUGGCUAGCAAGUUCCUGUAA